GGUUCGUGUGUGUGUGUGUGUGUGUGUGUGUGUGUGUGCCAUUCUCCCUUAAGCGCCAUUUAAUUCCAUUUUGUAAACAUUCUCCAGGCCUACAAUGUGGACGAGAUCAAAUGGACCGUUUACACCAGGAAAUCGUUCUCUUGACAGACUCCGCAACAGCAACAAAAAUAACUCUUAAAUCGCGGUCUUGUGCACCUGGAUGGCUCUGACUUUCUAACAGAUGUUGCUGUGUUCAUUUCUCAGGCAAUUGGAGUGCAUUUACGUCUCAAUCUGAACCUCACACGGGUAGCGACACCAUGUCCAGCCGAGGAGGGAAAAAGAAGGCCACCAAGAUGUCCAGGUCGACGAAGGCCGGAGUCAUCUUCCCCGUGGGGCGAAUGCUGCGCUACAUCAAGAAGGGUCUGCCCAAGUACAGGGUCGGUGUGGGUGCCCCAGUCUACAUGGCCGCUGUUCUGGAGUACCUCACUGCUGAAAUCCUGGAGCUGGCGGGCAACGCAGCCAGGGACAAUAAGAAAGGACGUGUCACACCACGACACAUCCUUCUAGCCAUCGCCAACGACGAGGAGCUCAACCAGCUGCUGAAAGGUGUGACCAUCGCAGCCGGAGGAGUCUUACCUAACAUCCACCCGGAGCUGCUAGCUAAGAAGAGGGGGUCAAAGGGCAAGCUGGAGGCUGUCAUCACGCCUCCUCCCGCCAUCAAGAAAUCCAAGAUGUCUGCCUCCAAGAAAUCAGCCAAAAAGGCAGCUACAGGGAAAAGAGCCAAAGCUAAGCAGAAACAGGGAGAGGUGAGCAAAGCUGCGUCGGCAGACAGCACCACAGAAGGAACACCUACGGACGGAUUCACUGUCCUCUCCACCAAGAGUCUUUUCCUGGGUCAGAAGCUAAACCUGGUUCACAGUGAGGUCAGUAACUUGGCUGGCUUUGACGUGGAGGGGGUCAUCAACCCCACCAAUGCAGACAUUGACCUUAAAGAUGAUCUAGGUGGUGCUCUGGAGAAGAAGGGAGGGGAGGAGUUUGUGGAUGCCAUGUUGGAGUUACGGAAGAAGAACGGUCCCCUGGAAGUGGCUGGAGCGGUGCUGUCCUCUGGCUAUGGGCUUCCUGCCAAGUUCGUGAUCCACUGCAACAGUCCAGGCUGGGGUUCGGAGAAGUGUGAGGAGCUGCUGGACCAGACCGUGAAGAACUGCCUGGUCCUGGCCGACGAGAAGAAGCUCAAGUCUGUGGCCUUCCCUUCCAUUGGCAGUGGAAGGAAUGGCUUCCCGAAGCAGACGGCUGCCCAGCUCAUUCUAAAAGCCAUCUCCAGCUACUUUGUUGCCACCAUGUCUUCUUCCAUCAAGACGGUCUACUUCGUGCUGUUCGACAGCGAGAGCAUAGGGAUCUAUGUGCAGGAGAUGGCCAAGCUUGACUCAACCUAAGCCCCCCACACCCCCCCACCCAAUUGCAUUACUACAGGCUUGUUUAGAAUUUUAUUUAGAGAGAAAAAUGAAAGAUGUUUACCGGUGAUUUUUGUAAAAAAAGAAGAAAACACACAAAAAAAACACUUUAUUGAGAGGAAGUGAUUUCCGUUCUGUUUUAUUCGUUGGAGUUCAGAUAGUAAUGUGUCCCUGGUGGUGUCAGACUUGGGUCCCAGCUCAGAAGGGUGAUACGUUCUGAAUGUGGUCUUCUUCUCUUCUCUCUGAUUCCCUAAUUGUACGUGACACAGUCUCUGUUCUGUUGUGUUUCCGCUGAGCAAGGCCCUGGUCGAAUGUUGCACCCCGCUGAGCAAGGCCCUGGUCAAAUGUUGCACCCCGCUGAGCAAGGCCCUGGUCAAAUGUUGCACCCUGCUGAGCAAGGCCCUGGUCAAAUGUUGCACCCCGCUGAGCAAGGCCCUGGUCAAAUGUUGCACCCCGCUGAGCAAGGCCCUGGUCGAAUGUUGCACCCCGCUGAGCAAGGCCCUGGUCAAAUGUUGCACCCCGCUGAGCAAGGCCCUGG